UGGACAAGAUUCCCGACGCUUUUCCGCCUACUUGUGUACUUGUGCUGUUGUCAUCUAUCACUUGUCUAAAAGCCACACAUAUCCUUCAAAGCGGCGCGCGCGCGUGUGUGUGCGUGUGUCUGUGUCGUUCAGUGGUUCAGUUCAGAUCCAGGGUCCAGUGAUGGCGGUUUGAAACCGAAAUGACAGCAAUGACAGCGGCAACGAGCGCGAGUUUUACUGUUUCUAAAACAUUACGAUGUCAAGAUCUGCACAGUUAUUUGAAAACCUUACCUCCCGCGACGUUAGAGAAGCUCUAUGCUCAUCCUGCAACAUGCUUAGCAGUGUUUCGGGAAGUUCCAGCCAUGGGCCGGCACUACAUCAUGCGUCUGUUAUUCGUAGAGCAAGCCGUACCGCAAGCAGUUGUGUCCUCCUGGAACGAGCAGAAAUACGUCAAGGAACACCUGGAGUGCUUGGAUUCGUUGUCAGCUCUCCACCUGUGGAGUGAGACGAGCCUACCAGGCGGCCUACCUGGAUGGACGCUAAGCCCAACAUUCAGAGCCAACAUCCGCAUUGCACUACUUGGAGGUGGCCAACCCUGGUCUGUGUACAGUGCCCUCGAGAAAGAUAAACACGUCAGGGAUGCCAACUUCUUGGACCAGUACGCCCUGGAGCGUUGGGAGUGUGUCCUGCACUUCAUGGUGGGUUGCCACUCGAAAGAAGGCAUCAGCGCGGACGCGGUGCGCAUCCUUCUACACGCCGGUCUCAUGAAAUUGGACGACACAGAAGGGAGCUCCCCGCUGAUAACUACGGAAGGCUUUCAGUUUCUCCUCAUGGAUACGGCGUCCCAGGUCUGGUAUUUCGUACUCCAGUAUCUAGGCACCAUACAGUCUCGUGGCAUGGACCUGGUGGAGUGCCUUACUUUCCUCUUCCAGCUCAGUUUCCUCACCCUGGGAAGGGAUUACAGCACAGAAGGCAUGUCAGAGUCUCUGCUGCUGUUUCUUCAACAUCUGAGGGAGUUUGGUCUCGUCUACCAGCGAAAACGCCGUUCGGGCAGGUUUUAUCCAACGCGUUUGGCCAUUAACCUCGCAUCCGGUUUGAAAAAUGCGAGACUUAACACCGCCGAUUCAGGAUACAUCGUGGUCGAAACAAAUUACCGCGUAUAUGCUUAUACUUGUUCACAGCUGCAAGUUGCUCUCCUUGGACUCUUCUGUGAAAUGAUGUACAGGUUUCCAAACCUCGUGGUUGGCGUGAUCACCCGCGAAAGUGUUCGGCAGGCGCUACGGAGUGGCAUCACAGCGCAACAGAUCAUCAACUUCUUGCAAAUGCAUGCACAUCCUGUGGCAAGGAAAGAGGACCCCGUUGUGCCUCCAACAAUCCUGGACCAGCUUCGAUUGUGGGAAUUGGAGAGGGACCGUUUCACGUUUACGGGAGGAGUCCUCUACAGCCAAUUCAUAUCACAAGGGGACUUCCAAAUGCUCCGAAACUACGCAUCCGACCUUGGAGUGCUGAUAUGGGACAACCCCAGCAAGAGAGUCAUGGUCGUCAGUCGCAACGGACAUGAUGACGUGAAGCGCUUCUGGAAGAGGCAUCGUCAGGACCAUUGAACUUUGGUUGUGUAACUUAUUUAUGUGUAAUGUAUAAUAUGUAAUAUAGUAUGUAUAUGACAUUGUA